AUGGAAGAAAGGCAUUCCAAGAGUCAUGUCCAGAGUUCUCUGAGAACACACAGUCCAGUGUGCUGCAGGGCACAAAAGGAACAAGGUAUCUUUCCCAGGUAUCCAGGGAGACAAAAUAAUAAAAACAAACUUGGAUACAGGACUGCAGCCCUCCCUAACAAUGCUGGCUGUGGAUACAUUGCAAAUAGCCUAGCAAUCAUGACAGAUGCACUUCAUAUGUUAACUGACCUAAGCGCCAUCAUACUUACCCUGCUUGCUUUGUGGCUGUCAUCAAAAUCACCAACCAAAAGAUUCACCUUUGGAUUUCAUCGGUUAGAGGUUUUGUCAGCUAUGAUUAGUGUGCUGUUGGUAUAUAUACUUAUGGGAUUCCUCUUAUAUGAAGCUGUGCAAAGAACUAUCCAUAUGAACUAUGAAAUAAAUGGAGAUAUAAUGCUCAUCACCGCAGCUGUUGGAGUUGCAGUUAAUGUAAUAAUGGGGUUCCUGUUGAACCAAUCUGGUCACCAUCACUCCCAUUCCCACACCCUGCCUACAAAUUCUCCUACCACAGGUUCUGGGUGUGGAAACAGCCAUGGGCAGGAUAGCCUGGCAGUGAGAGCUGCAUUUGUACAUGCUUUGGGGGAUUUGGUACAGAGUGUUGGUGUGCUAAUAGCUGCAUACAUCAUACGAUUCAAGCCAGAAUACAAGAUUGCUGAUCCCAUCUGUACAUAUAUAUUUUCAUUUCUUGUGGCUUUUACAACAUUUCGCAUCAUAUGGGAUACAAUAGUUAUAAUACUAGAAGGUGUACCAAGCCAUUUGAAUGUAGACUAUAUCAAAGAAGCCUUGAUGAAAAUAGAAGAUGUAUAUUCAGUGGAAGAUUUAAAUAUCUGGUCUCUUACUUCAGGAAAAUCUACUGCCAUAGUUCGCAUACAGCUAAUUCCUGGAAGUUCAUCUAAAUGGGAGGAAGUACAAUCCAAAGCAAACCAUUUAUUAUUGAACACAUUUGGCAUGUAUAAAUGUACUAUUCAGCUUCAGAGUUACAGACAAGAAGUGGACAGAACUUGUGCAAAUUGCCAGAGUUUCAGUCCCUAACGUUAUAUAUUUUGGGGACUACUGCCUUAUUUAUCCUAUGAUCACAGACUUGAGAGCAAUAAAUGCAAACCCAAAUGAGAAAAUGGGAUCCCUGACAGCUGUGUUCAUAUCAAGUACCAGUCUCUCAGUCACCCAGCCUGACAGUGCUAGGCUUUGUUAAUGGUAAAAUGAGACUUCAUGAUUUUCAAGUGAAGAUGUUUUCAAAACAUUGUUUACAGAAUGAGAUGUGACUCUACAGAUACCUCAUAGAAGACAAUCCAAGACCAUACUUCAUUAAUUUGACAGAGUACUUGUCUUAAAGGAAGCAUCAAGAAUUCAGUAUUUGCAUUUAAAAAUACUUUUUAAAGGCCAUUUUAUAUUAAGCAAAUGCUAGAAAACUGAAAUUUUUUAUUACGUAAUCUUGACACCCAGCUUCUGGAAUUGCUGCUCUCUUUUUACAGAAGUUAUUUCUCAACAGAUUUCAGAAAGUAUUAGUAACUAUCCAGAGAAUGGAAUAAGCAUGUAUUCCUAAGUGUUUCAGAAAUGUUUUAUUUCACAAAUAAGUCUUAAUGGUAUUAUAGUUAUACUUUAUAAACAGCUUUUUCCAGAUGCUACAGGGUUUUGAAUCUCAAAGUUAACAUUAUGGAUUAUUUGUAAUCUUAGAACCAAAUCUUUACAUGUUGUGUUCAUUAUCAUUAAAUUAUUAGCAAAUAUUUUCAAUAUUAUUCCAAAUGACAGAAGUUAGUCUAAAACUCAGAUUACUAUAUAGUAAUUUAAAACAAAGAAGCGAGGAUGGAGUAUGGGGUUUCAGACUUAUGUCUUCCCAAAAUCACUUUUAUUGUUCAUGGAAUUGUUUUAAAAACAGCAAGAGACUGCAAAAGGUAAACAAUGGUCCUCUGUCCCUUUAAGAACUGCCAACAAUUUGUACGAAAAAUAUGGUACCUUGGUUCCUGCCUCCUUACCAGAUAAUCUGUGUUUGUCUUUCAGGGUAAAAUUGUAGAGGGCUAAGGUUCAGUUGGUCAUACCCAUCUCUCACAUGUAGAUUAACCACAUUACUCCAAAGAGAAUUUCUGCUUUAUAAUGUGGGUUAGAGAUUCUCCAUGGACUCCAUAAACCCUAAGAUAUAAUUUUGAGGUUUUCCAAUAAUACCAUAGCAGAACUGUCCAAAGGAGUUGAGGGAAGAUAAUACUUUGAAAAAACAAAAAUGUAAAGGGUGUGUGUGUGUGUGUGUGUGUGUGUGUGUGUGUGUGUGUGUGUGUGUGUGUGUUUUAAAGCACUGGAAUAGGAAUAGACUUUAAAUUUGUGUUGUAGGGAGACUAAGUUUCCAAACUGAAGGCAACCUAAUUGGUAACAGUUGUGUUGUGUUAAAAAGGCAGCUGUGAUUAUUCACGUUUCAUUUUGCAACCACUGGUUUUGAGGUCAUCUUUGUGCACAUUAGGAGUCCCUUUUCAACAGGGACAGUUUCUUAUACCAAGAAUUGAUAUGGUUCUUGGGCUCUCAGAGAAUCAGUAGAUUAACAAUGUACCCAGAAAGUUGUGAGUUGAAAUUCUAGAUAGGCAUGACUUAGUAUAAAUGAAGAAUAGGAAACAGAUUUCAUCUUCCUACCAAGUACCUUACUAUAAUUAAGCCUAAGAUAAGAAAACCUGGAUUUACCUAAAUGAUUAUUGGGAGUUAAUGGUAUCAAUAAAAUGAUUGAUGGUACCUAAUAAAACCCAGUAGAUGUUUGAUGAAUUGAAAAUGUACUUUAUGGGAUUCUUAUUGUAAAGUCGUUUAAAAUAAUGAUUUGAGUUUCUCAAAAAUUUCAGGAGUGAAUAAACUAAGUCAAAAUACUCUUAUAUAUAGAAAGAAGGCAAGUAAGAAUAAAUGAGAGCUAUUUCAGUGGCUACCUGGUCAUUUAUGGACUUUGGGUAUCUAGCAAGAGAAAGGAAAAAAUAUACGCAUUAUACACUAAUAAUUUUCCCAUAUUUACUGACCUUGUUUCUUAUAAACUUUCCUUUAUCUUAUAAAGGCAAAUCUGGCUUUAUAAACCUGCUCCUUAAAAAGCUAUUUGAAACAACCAUCUAAAAUUCAUUUGAGAAUUGAAAAGGAUCCUUUUGUAAAAUACAGAAACACCGAGAACUGUUGUAAAUCUUAACUAUCGUGUUCUGCUUAUAGUGAAGUACACAUGAAGUCUCUUGUGCUUUGUUUUUGUGGCAAGAAUUUCAGAUUUUGUAUUUUUACUUUACUGGGUCUAUUAGAUUUGGGAAUUGAUAGAUUUCACUUUUUGUAACUUGACAAAAUGCACAAAGAAGGACAUUAACUUAGGAGAUAUGACCAGGGACUGCACAGGUUCUGACAAAGAGCAUUAGGUCUAUCCUUCACUUGUUGAACUACAGCCAUGUGUUCCUCUUCUCAACUGAGCUUUCAAAGAGCUCUCUAUUGCCCUGUGAAAACCAGUAGCUGAGUUGGACAAACAUAUAACAUUGUUAAUUUUGCACUGGGAGAACACAACAGAACAGAUCACAACAUUAAAACUUAGCAGUUCUUCAGUGCCAUGUAUUUUAAUUAAUAUUUGCAAAUAAUCAGAGUUGCUUGUGUACAUAAACCUGUGUUUCACAACUCUUGGCCAAAUGCAGCCUUUUGAUUUCUUUUAGGAAAAGACCUGUUGUCUCACUAACAAUUAUGCUGUCUUAGAAAUGUAACAGGAAUAUAGUUGAUUAAGGCAUAUUUCGGAGGGCUGUGAUAUGCAGAACUAGAAGCUAUUGUAAUCCCUACAUACAUUUCCAUUAGGUAUGUAAUGUGAGCACAGGUUUUCACAAUUUACAGUUCCCAUCAGUAUUGUUUGCCAAAUCACUGAAUUUUUUAUUUUACUGUUUUCAACUUUGGGUGUUAUAUUUCUAUUCUCUAAAACUAAGUUUCCUGCUCUUAGGAGUCUCAGUGUUCUAUUUCUUGAAGCCAAGCGUCGCAGCUGACAGUGUUCGUCUUUGGUAGGCUUUUCCCACAAUAAACAUAGUCAAGAUCAGGUAUAUGGCUUCUCUUUCAUUUUAAUGUGAGAAAAAACUGUCUUUCAGAGACAAGGCACCAUGUAGAAAUGUACUACCAGGUGGGAAAGAAUCUUUUUUUAACUGAUUGUUCCUGAUCCAGAUUUCUCUGCACACUAAACUUCAUAGAGUAAGUAUGAUAGAUAGAAAUAGACUAUACUGUGCAACCACCAGUGAAGAUCAUUGCUAAUAAGACCCUGGGUCAUGUUUUUAAAUAACCACUCUUACAACCUUUGUAGAGUUAAUCAUUUGGUUCUGAAACAAACAGCUAAAUUUAUUUUCUUUUUAUGCAUUUAUCUUAAUUGGUUCAACAUAAUGAAUAAAGUGUUCUUACAGAAUUUGAGCCCCUGUGAGAUAAGGUUUUAAGCCAUUUCACUGCUGACUCUGCCUUGUAUAUAGUAAAUUUAAAGUUACAGAAUGUGUUCCUAGACAUAAGGGUGGUUCAUUUGGUUUGGUUUGUCUUUGAACCAAGCUUAGUUCAUGAACUAGUUGGGGAUUAGUCAUAAAUGAACAGCGAUACCUUGCCAUAUGCUGUGCUGAGGAGAGGCACAUCUGAUCUCCAAAUUAUUGAUGAAUCUUCAUAUCUCUGUAGCCAAAAUAUCAUUUGCAAACCCUAACCCCAGAUCUGUCAUGUGAAUCCUGUCAGCCAAGGCUUCAGAUUUGUUGUACUGGUUGCCUAUCAAGUAUAUUGUUUGUGAUGUUAGUGGGAGCAUGCAAAUUGGAGAGAAGAAAUUGUUGUGGGAGUUCCUCUGUAUUAUGUGUGUGCAUUCAGGCCAGCCACAGAAUUCUCACUUACAAAGGGUUUAACCUGCUCUUCCAGUCCUAUUGUGAGGACCAACAAAUAUUUUCUGAGUUUUGGUAAGAUUGGAAAACGUUUAUGGAGACUUUCCCAGUUAAAUCUAUGACAGUGUCAAUUUAAAUAGUGCAAUUAAGUAUAUUCAGAAAUAACUGCAACACAAAAUUGAAAUGUGCCAGUAUGUCAGCUUUCCACCUAGAAGAUAUUAUAUAUUUGGAAAGCUUAUACUUCUCUAAAUAAAUGUUAUUAAAUAAGCCAUAUCACAGAUUAACAAAUUGUAUAUACUUUUCUAUAUACCCCUUCAGAAACCAGGUAUUUUGCAUAUGAUUGAUUUUAGAAAGAUUUUGAAGCUGGGGUUUGUCCAUGUAAUUAGAUUAAAGUAUAUGUAUAUGUGCUGUAUUUGCAAUUUUCAAAUUGUAAUUUCCUAUACAUUUAUUAAAGUGUUUUGCCAUGUGGUUUAUUAAAAAAUAAAAUGUAUAGUCCCUUAAA